AUGGAAUCAACAAAAAGUGGUAAUGGAGGAGAUGGAGAUAGACACACACAUUAUAGCUUCUUGGCAGAGGAGGAAGAGACAAAGAUAAUUAGAUUGAUAUCGAAUCAUCUGUCAUUGGGUCAGUUCGAACUGGCACGCGCUCUAAUACUACAGAUACAACAACAACAGGAUGAUAAUAUAACUACAACAUCAACAACAACAACCGAUCACAUCACACAUAAUAACAAUGACACUUUAUCAACAAUAUCAGCAACAUCAACAACAUCAUCAACCUCAUCAUCAUCAUCAACAACAUUGAUUCGAAAGGUAUCAUCAAUACUACAUCAUACUAUAAAGAAUGGACCACCAAGUAUAUGGCUCACAUCAGUCACACUGCCCUCAUCAGCACAUCUCUCAUGGCUAUGUGCGAUAGAGUUCCAUCAAGUAAACAAAACUGGAUUCAAUGAUACGAUCAAAGAGAGACUACUUAUAUUACUUGAGUUUGCAAUCUUAUUAUAUGCGACAAUGAAUGAUACUGGUGUAGAUGAUGAUAAACAUCGUGCAAUAGUGUCGGUCAUUCAAGAGCUGCGAGAAUAUCAAUGUGUACUCUUGCAUCAUCAUUCACAGCAACAGGUCAAUGGUGGUUCUGCUGGUACAUCAAUAUUGCAGACGCUGAGACUGUCCCCUUCCACUCUCAUGGCACUGAAGCAGACACUGUCGUCCAAUGUUGAGCUUAGUCGUCUGCUGCUGCGACACCUGACCGACCCAUUCGUUGGUACUAGUACCGGCACUACCUCGGACAGCUCAAUGCUACUGCACAGCACGUAUCCAGUGGCUGCCCAACUUGAGUCCAUCGUGGCACAGGUCAUCACAAGCUUUAUCGAUCAAGGCCAGUACAACGAAGCAUACAAUCUAUUGGCGGCAAUCGAUCUAAGUCGUGGUGAUAGCGAUGAGGCACAUCUCGCCACACAGCCCGAGCUCACCGCUCUGCUCAGACGCGUGGCCAACCUGAACACAACAUCAGACGAACAACACAUACAUGGUGGAGAUCAUCGAAGCAGCACGCUUGAGCGUGUACCAUUCUACCCUGUGGAAGGCUCGAGUGAUGAGCAGGGUCGUCACCACAGUCUGUCGCGUCUACGCAUCUACGAGGCAUUGCUCGCCAAUCGAUCACUGUUCCCAAUUCAACAGUUUGUUUUAAUGGAAGACGAUAUUAUUGCGGCCAGCAACACAACGGACGUCCGUUCGAACCAAGUACAGGGUCUCCUGCCCGUCUCGAGGGUGUUUGAUAUCCUGCGAGGAUACGCUACGGCCAAGGGUGUCGCUGACAACGAAGGCAAGGCCAUGGAGGACUUUUGGUAUUGGUACUUCCACUUCCUGAGAGUGAACAAUCAUCACUUCCUCGAGUAUGCACUGCAGCAGGCCAUCAUCUUGGUACAGGAACGUCGCUUUGAGGAGGCCAACAUCGUGGUCUCGCCAUUCAUACGUCUGUUGCCACUUCUUGUGCUGCUGUGCUGGGAUCACUUUGCCAGCGAUAUCUCAUCACGCAAGGCACUAAUCGAUCUUAUGACCACCGUGGACCGUGAUCAGAUGGACGAUACUCUACUGCACACCAAUGAUCAGAUGUCAUACCUCGUCGAGCUGUCCGAAUGGUGUGCCGAGAAGAUUAUGGCCACAAGACUCGACACUGCCUCCGACUCAGCCGCAGACGCCGAGUUUGAGAACCGCGAACAAGUGUCCAACACGGUGAUCAACCAGCUUGCACAUCACUCAUUCAUACACGUCAUCAGGGAAUGCCUGCCACACAUCGAGUCCAACGAUGUGCUGACCAUCAUAGAGCGCGAUCCAGACUUCCCCACCAAUCACAUCGGAAUCGACCUCACGCUCUCCAGGGACAAGUUGAACGACAUGAACUUUGUCCGCUGUUACUUUGCCCUGAGGACCGUGCUGCGUUUCUUCCAGGAACGUUCGACAUCAUCACAGGUCGCCAAUCAAGAGUUUGAGCAUGCCCUGGAACAGGUGUGCCAGCUAAGCAAGAGCGUAUCAGACCCGCAUGUCGUUGUAGCUCUGGUGGAGGCCAUGUACAUGACUUUGUACAUGUCCAAUCAUGAUCUGAAGCAACAGCCAGCGGGUGAGCCAUCGUCCCCUACGUCAUCACCAUCAACAUCCAGUCCAGCGAUGCGCAAACAACUCUUUAGUGCACAGGUUGCAACAAACAACAGCGAAACAUUCCAUUCAUUCGACAAUGCCUACGCAUCACAUGUCUCGUCAUCUGAUGGACACAGGAACUACUAUAUCACCUCGACCAUGAUGUCAUCAAUGAUCACUGCCAUGACCAAGAUACUAUCAUAUGUUCCUGGCGGAAGUGGCACCGAUGCACUACGUGAGCGAAUCGAGCUACUCAGCUCCAACUUCCAGAACCUCAGCCACAGAAUACAGAUUGCCAACUGGGUAUCCACACGUGUAUCGAUUCCAUUCAUGAGCAUCGUCCUCAUGCCAGUGCACUCGUUGCUCACUGUUUGCAUGCGUACGGAGUAUCCUCAGUUUGAUAGCAUCAUCAAGUACUUUAGUGUACCUAAACAGGUAGAGGCAGACGUUGCCCAAUAUCUCUCGAUACCCAAGCUCACAGGCCAACUUACCAGCACGAAAAGCGAGACAACAACAUUCCAGCUCGAUCGUAGCCUACAAGGCAUCAAGGAGGACGACCUCUACGCCAUUCUCUGCGAUGUGGUACUGGGCUCACGACUCAGCGAGGAACACAUCACCAAGGUGCUCAAGAUUGCCAAUGCCACCAAGUCCUUGGAGCGCCAGCCAACUCGCUUCAAGCAGUACAUGGACUGCCUGCUCGUGCUCAACCAGCAGUACACUGAUCGCUCGCUGCUCCAACUUUUGUCGGCGUCCCAGGGCGUGCUGCCGGCUGACCCCGCCGCACUCUUUAGCUACAUUCAACAGAAGAGGACACUAGUCAACUCGCUCCACAGACUUAUGCAACAGGCCACCAAGCUGACGGAUGACGAACACAUGAAGCUUGUUGCCAGCAUCAUUGAGAGUGAUGGAUGCGCAUCAGGGGAUCGCCUGCUCUCCACGAUGUUCAAUCAUCUCAUCAACACCAACAAGGUCAUGUCACAAUCACCAGAUCAGCCAAGCAAGUACAGUGAGCUGAUUGCAAGCCUCGAGGAAAGCCCUUCGGCACAUCUAGAGCGCGUGGUCUUUGAGGAGCGAAACAUGGACAAGGCUGAGGAGCUGGCCAACCUGAUGCAGGUUGACCUGGCAGACCUGGUCAUCUCAUCGAUCGUCCACACAAUCCCUGGCGUGCCAGCAGUGGCGGCCAAGGCCACCACCAGCGGCAGCACCUCCAAAGCGAUGACCAUGGAGCUGGUCAACUACAUGGGCAUGUCCUCCACAAUGCUUGCUUCAAUGCUCUGCAUGCUAAAGGCGCCAAACAUAGCCAACAUCGAGUCAUUCCUGCAGUACGCAUUCACAGAGUCCAAGAAGAUGCCAUCUGGUGUUCUCUCAAACUGGAUCGCCGAGAUACUGCGAGCACAUUCAAUCCAUCAUAUGUUGUAUAACAACAACAAGGAUAUGUCGACGUUGACAUAUCUGCCGCCUGUAGAUAGUCUUAUUGGCACAAUGGACGCGGUGUCAGCCAGCUCGCCCGACACGUCCUCCACACCUCCCGAGCUCCACCUCAUUCACAACACAGAGACACCUCAGCAACAGCAGCAAUUCGUAUUCCAGAUUAUACAGUACCUGGUGGCCCGAAGCCAGUUAAACGACGCGAUGAACGUGGCCGACGAGAUGUUGAACGAUGGCGCACCAGACUGGUUGCUCAAACUCAUGGUAAUGAGAGACCGCGUUCAAGCCUACACAUACAUCAGACGCAUGAAGGACAAGGUAUCAGCACUCAAUCUUGUGAUGGACCUGUAUCACAACUGGGACAUCUUGACUGCGAUCGAUAUGUUGGUGUUCUGCAACUCACUACUAUCUGCUACGACGCCAGAGCAGGCGGCAGACAUUGAGCAUCUUCAUCAAUGCAUGCUCAUCUACCACGACAUCCUUGUCGCGGACAAGUCCAAGCGAUGGAGCUCCUGGCAGGAGAUCAAGGACCUGUGCCGCCGCGACCCCACACGUCUUGUGCGAUCACUCCUGGACAGCAAGCACUACGAGCUAGCCCGUAAGAUCCGCGUGAUAUUCAACAUCAACAAUGUCCACAAAGAGAUCGAAGAGAGCUAUCUCUUCUACCUGCUCGUGGAGAAGGAUGACACUAGUCUCGCGCUGCAGACCUUGUCAACACUGGGAGCCGACUCGAUACCAAUAGCCAUGGGCCUACUGCCACGCAUCCGCGAUCUCUCAAUCAAGCUAUUCCUGGUGCAAUUCCUAUUGUCAAACAUGCGUGCAACAAUGACCGACGCCAUGCUGCAAGAGUUGACUCAAAAGGAGAUGGGUUAUCGUGUGUUGCUCACCCUUCCCGCCGAAUUGCAGAAGGACUACGAGUCGUAUGUCUCCUACCCAUCGCUGAUUGUCGAGAUGUUGCUGAUGAAUGAGCGUAUCCCUGCCGUGUCCAAACUGCUGCGAGAGAUAAAGGAGUUGAAGGACGACGAUCUGCUCACAUACUAUGUUCGCAAGUCAUUGUCUUUCGCUCGCUACAUGGCCAAGAAUGAGCUGCUACUCAGCGAAGAGUACUUCCAGUCCAAUAGCAUGAUGGUAGUCGAAGAGAAGCAACAUCAACAAGCGGUCGCUGCCAAGGCUGACUCGGACAACGAGCCCUACGACUCUGUGGUCGAGUAUCGCUUCAACUACUGUGACUCACCCUCCAUGUCGUCCACGAUGGUCGGCUCUCCGACAAAGGUGCGCGAGCUCCUUUCCAAGUCAGAGCAAUGGAUACUCACGGGCCACGACUCGGUCAAGGACGAGCAGACGCGCCACAAUCACUACUUUGCGCGUUCUCCAAACAUCACGCUGGCCAAGAGUCUGCUGGACAUGUGCGAAUCCAAGAAGAAGGUUUACACAACAUGCAUUGACAUAUUCAACUACCUGUCCACGUUCCUGUCCUCCACCUACUCGCACGACAACCUGCUCAUCAUUAAUUUGAUUCAGCAGCUGUUCAUGUACGUCAAGCUUCAGCUACUGCGCGAUCCAAAGAGUGCCGCUGGAAGUGGUGUAGCUUCCGUGGCCGUGAUCGACACUCUGCUGGGCAAGGUCGAGCUGUUCCAAGCUUUGGUGCUGUCCAAAUGUUCGGCCGCCGAGUCCAUCUCGCUGGCAGACCUGUCCGACAUGCAAAAGGCUCGUCAACUUCGUGACAAGUUGAUCGAGGAGGAUCGUCUGAAACUGGCAAUCGAUGUGGCCACCAAGUGCAAUAUCCAAGCCGAUCCAGCCUGGGUCAAGUGGGGUAUAUCCCUUCUCCAACAAGGCCAAUAUAACGAUGCCCGUGAGAAGUUCAAGUAUUGUCUGGCGGCCACUGGUGGUGAUCGUCGUUUGAACGCCGCCUCCAACGCGCUAUCAUCAGAUACAAUCGACAGCAGUGUAAUCCUCAACCAGAUCAUCCAGCUUCUCGAGUCGCCACCCCAGGCCAACCACAAGAACCUGCGUAGUCUCUUCAACCAUCUCAGCUCAAUCCCUGUGCCAGCCAACUCAAAGACCUUCCCCAAGAUUGACGACAACAUCAUUUUCUCACUUCUGGACGCCUCUGCCAACGUCAACAUCAAGCAUGGUUCAUUCAACAAUCUGACCGCGUCGUCUGGCGGCACACCCACCAAGCCAGCCAAUGGUGGCGCCGCCAAGAAAGACCCCGUUGUGUUCAAGCAGGAGAUGGACUCCACGCGAUUGGAAGAGUCGAUCUAUUAUCUGAAGCGAUAUGGCAAUGCCCGCAUGCAUAUCAACUUCUUGAUGAAGCAUGACUUGCUCGAACUGUCUUGCAAGACUAUCAUCACCGAUAACAUAUCAUCACAGAUCUUCUUUGAUGAGGUUGUGUCUCACUGCAUCAACCACUCCAACCUCAAGGCAAUGUUCAGUGUGAUCAAAUCUCUGGACAAUCCCCUGGCAUUCAACGAGCACCUGAUGGCGACAUGCAAGAUCAUGAACGAGAGGAAGUGGUACGGUCUGCUGCUGGAUGUACAGUUGUCGAUGAACGACAGCAUACGUGCUGCAAUGACAUGCAUCAAGAUGUUCUUGGAGGCACCCGACCCCGCCCAAUCCACCAGAGUCGUACAUCUGGACACGGCACUACGCUACUUCCAGCAAGGUCAGUCGCAAAAGGGCGUCCUACCCGAGAUCGAAAUCACCAAGUACAUACAGAAGCUCAACACACAGAUCGAGCUGUGCAAGUUCUUCUACUCCCAGAAGAACCCGCCAGCCAAUGUCCAUCGACUCAGCACGUUUGGCUCCAAGAAGGAGAUCACCGAGCUGGCCGAACUGUGCACCGUGUGGAACAACUUUGACCUGGGCUUCAAGCUGGCCAUGGAGUACAAGCUGCCCCUGACCACACUGUACACCAACUCGCUGUCUCAGAUGGUGCGCAAGAAGAACCUAUCAAAGUGCGACGAGAUACUCAACAAUCUACGCAACUUUAUCGAUCCAGGCGACUGGGACUCGAUUGCCAUGGCCAUCAUCGAGAUCAUGUGCAAUGAGAUGAAGGAGAUCAAGAGCGCAGAGAAGUACAUUCCCAAGCUGAACUCGGCACGCAACAGCAUCCGCGUGUGUAUCAUGUGCAACAAGCUCAAGUCAGCCUAUCUCAAGGCGGUACAGAUGCAAGAGAAGGAUCUGAUCGUGAUGGUGAUGGAAGAGGCCAAUCGAACCAAUCAGUUAAUCAUUUCAAAGUGGUGUCAAGACGUAUUGAAUGGAGCACAACCAAAUACCACUGGUUAG